AUGGCACUAGAAGCACCCUUCAGAGCGUCUACUGGGAAUAUAAUGUCUCCUCUGACCAGAUUCCAAGAAAUGUCAGUGGCUAUCGUGGAACAACUCAUUCUUGUCUACUCCUCAUGCCUCAUUCGUGUUGUCUCGUCGAGUCAAAACCCUGCCGAUUCGCAAACCCUGCGGCCAACCACAUACGUGAGGCCGCAAUCCGCUCAUCUUCUCAGCCCGUCCAGUGAUAUAGUCGGACCUUCACCCGUCACUUCGAACGGCACAGAAACUACAGAGAUCGACGAUGAAGAGCAGGAGACUGUUAGCCAACCAGCCGUGGCUGACGCUGCUGAUGCUGCUUCGACCUCUACACUCAUAAAGUUGAAGACGAAUAUUCCUGACCACAUAAGGAAGUCCUCGAGCGACGAGGCUGUCUCGGUGAUACAUGCCCCCGAGGGGUUUCAACAUUGGCCAAUGCUCUCGCCCCUCUCGACGAACGUCAAGCCAGCAACAUUUUCUUUGGAUAAUGCCACGCCCCAAGCACAAGACCUAAAGGAUGUUCUCAACGAGUCUGCAAGGUUGCGAUCAAGUAGUUCCAGCAGCCUUGACUUGAUUCCGGAAUCUCAUGAACAUGAGACGGACGGCGAGAUGGACACCGCUCGUAGCGAGUACUUUGCUACUCCGGCCACCAUCGAAGACUCAGAGAUCAGGGCGCUCAAGGCCGCCCUGGAGGAAUGCUGGACUCUCUGCAAUACGCUAGCGAAUCUCAGCUCAAUUCAUCGAGAGCGUGUGUUCAAUAGCUCUGGUACCCCUGAUGCCCACGAGAAGGCAUGGAAGAGCUGCUGGAAGCUGUGCCAGAAGCUCUAUGAGAGCCGCGACGAUGCCAUCGAGUCUUCCAACGCCCGAACGAACCUGGAUCUAUGUCGGGACUUUUGCCAGUCGCUGUUUGACGUGCGGCAACGGAAGGAUGUGACGGGUGACUCUGUUUUGCGGGUCAGUUUUGAGCUCAAUAACCACGCUCAAGACAGCCGUACCUUGCCAGAAGCAUUUCGGGAGAGGACGUUGGACUUCUACAUCACUCUAUGCCAUCGCCUCAUGAAGCAACGGAGCGAGCUUGACGAGGAGACGGAUUCUCUGCUCAGAGCAUGCUGGUCAUUAGCCGAGAUGUUGUUCAGCCUACGACAGAGCUCUCGCGAGGGCAAAGCACCGGACGAGGAACUCUUGGGCUCGGCGGUCCAAGCAUGCUGGGAGCUAUGCGACAUCUUUAGAGAGGGCUGGACACAGGUCAGGCCUGACCGAGGCACUCCAAGACCAAGCCACUACGGCUAUUUUCAGCAGAGUCAGGCAUCGGACGUGCGGUCUACAACGAGUCGCGGAUCGAUGAAAUCGAAACGGGAGAGUCUCAAGGGCCUGCCGGACGACCCGCAACCACGGCGCAACAAACAAAAACUACCGGUUCCCGAGACGCCCGUGACCGAAUUUGAAGAUACGGGAGACACGCCGAUCUCACCGGGCAGUGAAAGCCCGCAGAUGCCCAAUAUACUCGUAUUGGGGACGCAGUCCGAAAACAGCCAGGGCGGAUCCCGCGGUGGUCGCUGGUCGAGCAGCGCCAGUAAUUUGUCGAGCUACUCCCAGUCGAGCGCGAAGACGAGCAGCACGGCGACGACGACAACUUCGGCCGAGGAUGUAAACGUUACCCGUAUCAAGAUUCUCAUCCUCAAGGCGGCGAUGAACAUUGGCUACAACCGUGACUUAGCUGACACCAAGUCAGGCGUGGCAUCGCUGCGAACCUUUGUGAAGAGCCUACCCACUGGCUCCUUCGGCUCACUUCCAAGCCACGCGACCUUACUGCAGAAUUACAAAAACCUGGUGCUUUCGGACACGACCUUCCGGACCACGGCGCCGCUGCCGAGCCGAGGAAGGAGGGUCAAUGCUACGGAUGUUGCGGCGAGUGUGGGCUGGAUGUCCCUCAGGUCACAGGGACAGUACGGGUUCCUCAGGGAACUGUACAGACUGGUGUUUGGAUUUCCGUGGGAUGAGGUGGAGAACAGGAAAAAUGUCAGCAUCGCCGUGUGA